UCUUCUUCUACUCAAUUUGAAAGGUUGUUCUCAUUUGAAAUCAAAAGAAAGUCCCAUGAGCAUGCAGACGCUGACCCUCUUUCGCUUCCCCCAACCAAUUUCUCAAAACGCUGUCGUUCCCCGCUACGCCAUGUCUCGUUCCUCCGAAACCUCCUUUCCCACCCUCACCACUACGUCUAUUUCAUUCUUUCAACUCCAAGAUAAGAACGCUGACUUGUCGUUGAAGAUUGAAGAAGGCUUUGGACCCAAUGGGUUGGGGAUUCUAUCCGUCUCUGAUGUUCCAGGAUACCCUUCACUGCGCAGAAAUCUAUUGCAACUUGCACCAAGAUUGGCGAAACUUCCCAAAGAAGUAAAGGAGGACCUUGAAGAUCCUAACAGUAGGUACAAUUUUGGUUGGAGUCAUGGGAAAGAGAAACUCGAGUCAGGGAAGCCAGAUAUAUUAAAGGGAUCUUUCUACGCCAAUCCCAUACUUGAUACACCUACAACAGAGACUUCUUUGAUACAACGGUAUCCAUCAUAUUGUGGAUCAAAUAUAUGGCCUAGGAACACUUUACCGGAACUUGAAGUGGCUUUCAAAGCACUUGGCAUGCUGAUAUUUGAUGUCGGAUUGAUGUUGGCAUAUCACUGUGAUCAAUAUGUAUCGAGAGGGAUGAAAACUCGUAAGGAUGAAGGUCUGGAAUCAAUACUUCGUCGCUCCCGCUGUCACAAAGGACGUUUGCUAUAUUAUUUUCCUUCCCAACAAGGAGAUCCAGAUGGUAACUCUUUGUCAUCAUGGUGUGGAUGGCAUACUGACCAUGGUUCACUGACAGGUCUAACUUGUGGUAUGUUUACGAAAGAUGGUGUAGAAAUGUCUUGCCCUGAUACUGCUGCUGGCCUCUAUAUUCGAACAAGAAGUGAUCAAAUUGUCAAAGUUGUCUUCGGAGAAGAUGAUAUAGCAUACCAAAUUGGUGAAACCACUGAAAUACUUUCUGGAAGUUAUCUUUGUGCAACACCUCAUUGUGUUCAGGCUCCCAAGGGGGAGAAGUCUUCUGGCAUUGAGCGCUCGACAUUUGCAUUAUUCAUGCAACCGGACUGGGAUGAAAAACUCAAUUUCCCCGAGGAAGUUCGCAUUCAUAAAGAGCUUAUUCCAUCAAAUUCUGCCCUUACUUUUGGAGAGUAUUCAGAGAUGCUGCUGGACAAAUAUUAUCACCAAAAACAGUAAUGUUUACAUCUUGUCUAUCGAUGUUGAUCAAACUAACCUAUGUUUUUGGACCUAGGGUCGAUCACUGGUUGAAGAGACUUGACCUGUUAAUUCAUGGGACUAGAAUAAUAUUGUGUAAAUGUGUAGUCGCUAUUAGAUAGUAGCAAAAAAAAGGAUAGCUGGUUGACUUGUUACUUAUAUGCCAACAACUAUAACUAGUUGGGAAGAAUUAACCUGUUACUAAAUCACGGGACUGAGAAAAUUGUGUAAAUAACUAUUGGAUAAUAGCAAAAGAAAAGGAAAAUUAUCAUAAACUACGUAGAAUGAAAGUUACUGUACAAACCAAUGUUUGCUUUCUUAUCUUCAAUGGUGAAGCCAUGUAAAGAUAAAACCUAUUUGUGACAGGAUAUAAGCUCCGAGUUUAAAGUACAAGGAACAGCAUUAAAAGUU